CUAGAGAACCAACACUUCAUUGAGGAUGUCCUUGAGUAUUUCAGGAGCAAAGUGACCCAAGACAAGCUGCAACUCCUGUUUAAUGACAAGGCGUGGGAGAAAUUAGUGGCUGAUGUCAAUUUGACCAGGGAUGAGGCAGAUGUACUACGUAAAGCUCUGGACAAGCUUACCAUAGGCAAGGCAAUGGAAGACAAAGAAAAGUUUGAAAAAGAGAGAGACACAUUUUUGAAGGCGUUUCCUGGGUUGAAAAUGGAGCUUGAAAGCAGUAUACAAAAGCUUCACAUGCUUGCAGACAAGGUUGACAAAAUACACAAAGACUGCACCAUCUCCAACGUGGUGGCCAGCACAACUGGAGUUUGCUCUGCCCUCAUGUCCACGGCUGGCUUAAUGAUGGCACCAGAGACAGGAGGGUUGAGUCUGGGGCUCACAGCCGCUGGGUUAGGACUGGGAAUAGCAUCUGCUGUCACUAAUGUGUCCACCAACAUCGUGGAUGACACAAGUAAGUUGAAUGCCAAAGUUGAAGCCACAAAGCUGAUGUCAACUGGCAUCAACCAAAUAAGGGAGAUUUUGAAAGUUGGGGGUGGGAGCACACGCCAAGUCUUUUCUCUUACAAAGCAGUGCGAGCAAGACUUGGAGGCCAUGGCAAAGCACAUCCGUGCUCUCAGGAUGUACAACUCUCACCUUGUAGAUGAUUUCAGGAACAUCGUGACCACUGGGACCUCCAUGCGUGAAACAAUUAAUGAGUUGCAGGAAGCCUUAGAAGGCACUGUUAUAACAAUGACCAGGGGAGCCCGGAUCCUGGGUGGGGUCACCUUAGGUAUCAACCUUUUGUUGGAUGGGAUCAGUCUUGCGGAAACCUCAGUGCACUUGUAUGAAGGGGCGAAGGAAGAGUCAGCUGAUGAGCUGAGGAAGCUGGCUCAGGAGAUGGAGAGGCAGUUAGAGGAGCUUACCCAGAUCCAUCAGCUACUGCAGGCAGACAGAGAAAUGUUGGUGCUCAGCGUCCAGCUGGCCAGACUACCAGUUGACUAUCUGGGUCUAGAAACUGAAUAG